AUGGCUCCUGCUUGGCCCCCCAACGGGACGUGGCCGGGCGACGGGGCGUCCGGCAACGGCAGCGGCGAUUGUUCGUGGGCGCUUUGCAGCCUGGGCCGGCAGGGGGCGCUCGGCGCCGCCCUCAGCCUGGCCGUGCUGGUGACGGUGGCCGGCAACCUGCUGGUGGUCGUGGCCAUCGCCAGGACGCCCCGCCUGCAGACCAUGACCAACCUUUUCAUCACCUCGCUGGCCUGCGCGGAUCUCAUCAUGGGCCUGCUGGUGGUACCGCCGGGGGCCACGCUGGUGCUGAGCGGCCGCUGGCCCUAUGGCACCACCGCCUGCGAGCUGUGGACCUCGCUGGAUGUGCUCUGCGUGACAGCGAGCAUCGAGACCCUGUGCGCCAUCGCUGUGGACCGCUACCUGGCCAUCACGGCCCCCCUGCAGUACGAGGUACUGGUGACCAAGGCCAGAGCCCGGGGUGUGGUGUGCUUGGUCUGGGCCGUGGCGGCCUUCAUCUCCUUCCUGCCCAUCAUGAACCACUGGUGGCGCGACGGGGCUGAUGCCGAGGCCCUGCGCUGCUACCAGGACCCGCAGUGCUGUGACUUCGUCACCAAUAUGCCCUACGCCAUCCUGUCUUCCAUCGUCUCCUUCUAUGUGCCUCUGCUGGUCAUGGUCUUCGUUUACGCCCGGGUCUUUGCUGUGGCCACCCGGCAGUUGCACGUCAUUGAGAAGGACAAGGGCAGGUUCUUGCCAGAUGCCGCCAAAGGCUCUCGGCGGAGAAGGCCCUCCCGCCUCCUGCUGGCCAUCAAGGAGCACAAGGCCCUCAAGACCUUGGGCAUCAUCAUGGGGAUCUUCACCCUCUGCUGGCUGCCCUUCUUCGUGGCCAACGUCAUCAAGGUUUUUGCCCGGUCCCUUGUCCCUGACCAGCUCUUUCGCUUCUUCAACUGGCUGGGCUAUGUCAACUCAGCCUUCAACCCCAUCAUCUACUGCCGCAGCCCCGACUUCAGGUGUGCUUUCAAGAAGCUGCUGUGCUGUCCCCGGAGCACCAGUCGCUGCCUCCACACUGUCCCCCGGGACAUGCACAGGUGGCCCUGUGCCUUCCGUCCCCGGGCCCUGUCGGAGAAGGACAGCAAGCCCAUUGCAACAGUGGCCAGAGAGGAAGAUGAGGAGGAGGAGGAGGAGGAGGAGGAAGAGGAGGUGGGCACUGGCAGUACCAGCAGUGGCUCCAGCAGCAGGACUGGGGAAGCCAAGCUCUCCUGCCUCACCAGCAAUGGACACAGCGGGACACAGCGUCCACUGGGUGAAGUCCAGGUCCAAGGCACUCAGAUCACCUUGUGCCCACAGCUGGAAGAAUUCCCCACUGAAGAAGACAAAAACGAGGGACAUGGAAUGUGAACAGAGGAGGAAGCACAGAGAAAACUUGCCGCAGGGGAAGAGCUGAACCUGAGUCGGUGCUGAGAACAACCUUGGUUCUUGUGAAGAAGAGCUUCUCACCUUGCACCAGUUUGUCCCUUUUGCAUGUCCAACUGGGACCACCUGCUGUAUCCUCCCUCUGGGGAGUAAAAGCGCUCCAUCAAUGGGGUUACUGUAGGGAUGGCUAUUUGGCUUGAGGAAGUAUGGAAGCUGAAUUCCAGAGCCAUUGAUACUAAGUUAUCAUCUAUGUAAAUCCAACAAUGUGCUAA